AUGCCUUCCAAACGUCUAAGAAGGGUGGAAGACUCGCCUAAGAAGGUAGAAGCGAAUUCCAUAAACCGGCGAAAAAGGCCCGAUAGAAGGGCCAGUAAACAGGCUGUGAAUAGAAUCAAUUCGGCCUGCGAUGAUGAGAGCAGCUUUGAGAACGAAAAUGCACCCCACACAAAAGCAAAAGUCUCCAUUAGUUCCAAAGCCAACAGGCAGGAGGACAUCGACGAGCUGCGACAUGACGUUGGCAAUACUAACAAGCGCAAAUUCAAGAUUGCUCCGCGAUCCAGCUUACAGUUCAAGGUUGGCCCCACUUUUGCGGCGACUAGGGCAUAUUGCCAAAUCAUUUGCUCGAAAAACAACAUGCCGGUGCAUUUCUCUCUAACACCGCGGAUUGAUCGCGGCUUCGACUUCAUCAACGACGAGUGGAUUGGGUACAAGCGAAAUUAUUUCACUCUUGUCACCUCUUUCGAGGCCAACGGCUUCCAUAUUGAGGAGUUUCUGCACCAAACCUACAAGAUCAACGCGCCCAGCUUCGAGAAAAUGUGCGACGCCAAGUACUUUGCAGUGCGUCUUGUUGCGAUGUGCAUGGAGGAUCAAUCGCCCGUCAGUCUGGUUCAACACACGGCAAAGCGCGAUAAGGGACCACAGUUCGAGCCACCCAUAUUUCCAGUAGUUCCAGCGCCAUUGCCUUCGCAUCAAACAAUAAGAGAGGCUUCUAACGUCAGAAAUGAAGCAAAGAUGAGAAAGUACGAUCACUUAUUUUACUUGAAUCGAAGUCCAGAAUCCUGUGAUCUCAGGCAAAAUGACUUACUGUCGACGUACCCUCAAAAUCGAAUCAAAAGAGUAGCCAGGUAUGAGAGAGUUCAAUUCUCAUCCUCAAUCCAUGCUAAGAAACAGGGAAAUCCGGUAAGACAUUUUCAACUGAGGGUCAUUCUCGGGUGUGUCAUCGAUGGCGGAAGUGCGGCCUCUGAACUUCGCGCGAUUUUUCCAGAUCUCGCAUGUCUCGUGGAAAACAGAACCAGGACGUUUGUGCCAAUUAGUGAGGUGAAAACUCCUCCCUUGGUGAUUCGUGGGAGGUCGCCUUCCAAUUACUUCAUUCCAGGGGACACAGAGAUGGAAAAACAUGUACCCACCCGGGAGAUGACUUUGAAGAAUUCUCCAGAAGAGCUAGAAACAUCAAAAAUCAGCCGAACCUGGCACAACACAUUACCGCCUUUCUUUAGAGUAUCUGAGUACCAGGGAAUGAGCGAUAAACGAGCUCCUGGUCUGCGGGACGUUACCAACAAACAAGGUCACCCGCAGCCGAGCCUUAUUUCUACCGGGCAAGGAUCGGUGUCAUUGCCGCCCCGCCCAAAGAUAAAGGUCAAUCUUCAGACCAUGUCAUGUAUCGAAGCCAUGAUGUUAAAAAGGACGCCUGCAUCUACCACAAAUAAAGGUCUGCAGCAUAAUGUGGAUCUUUUGUCUAGGACAAUCCGCAAUGAAAAUAACCAGCAACAUACUGUUGGCAUGAGAGAUAUCGAGCUGUAUCCAUUGCCGGGGUUAGUUUCUUCGCACUGUGAGCGAGAUCCAAAUUUUAAUAGAGAGGAGGUGUUUGACUUGGGUAUGGGACCUUCAAAUACCAGUGGGUCUUCCUCUCGUGACGAUGCCUCCGAUCAUAUCAACAGAACCCCUCGACAUGUUAGCAAUAGGUCUGCUCUCCUCCCUUUUCCACUAGUUGGGAAAGCUGCUAGUAUGGAUCCGCAUUGCGACAGUGCUGAAACCUCAUUCAAUGAGCAAUCCUUUCAGAACGAUAACCGUAUUUUGGAGAAAACCACAGGUGAUAUGCCAAACACUACAAAUCCUCUGUUGCGGACACAUAUUUCAGAAGGUCGAAUGUGGGCCAGAGACACAGGCGAAACCUUAAACCCAUCCCGCUCGACGAGUCGCGUAAACCCCAUGGACAUAUCAUUUUGUCUAAACCUCAAUCUCGAUCAGGGAGAAAAGUGUUCAUUAACACCUAAGUCCAAACGGGUCCUGGCGUCGAAUGCUAAACCUUCAGAUGUAUUUGGUGUGAAUGAGUUCUUUGAUGAGCCGAGCUUUUAUCAGCAUUAG